UUGGAGGGCGAUCAUAUGUAUGUGGUCAGUAGCGCGUAUGCAGUCUGUGACCCAGCCUCCCUCUCACGUUACACCCUAUUUAUAACAUCCCCUCCGCCGGCUCCCCUCGUUCUGCAGUUCCUAGGAACCUCCUUCUGCUCCCAGCCUCGAGCUCCGGUCUCCUGCUUCUCCUGACAUCCGAGAGGCUCUGCUGCAGCUGAUCUGGGCUCACUGUUUAUCCUGUACAGCCUGGCAACCGUCCGCACGCUCCGGAUUAUCACAGGACAAAAACACUCACUUUACUUUUUACUUCACUUUGUUGAAUUUUUUUUUUUUUUAACUUAAGGGGAAAAAAGUUUUUGGGAGUUGAGGGAAAAGGAGAAUCAUCCUGGAUAUGUGCUUGGAUCUUUUUGUUUUUUAACAACUUUACUUUUUUUCACCUAACUUUCCUGGAGGAUAGUGUGUGUGAGUGUGUGUGUGUGUUUAACCUACGAUGGAUCACACACUGUUCGGCUGCCUGCGGAGCCCACACGCCCCGGCUCAGGCCCUGCAUCCCGCCUUCACCCAGUCCCCCCUCACCCUGCACGGACGCUCGGACCACGUCUCCUACCCUGACCUGGCCUCCUCCUCUUCCUCCUCCUCCACCUCCUCUCCCUCGCCCUGCAUCAUCUCCAGCUACCAGGUGGACGACAGCCUGUUUCCCGGGCAACACCACCACCACCACCACCUCCCCCACGCACACCGCGGCCACCUGCCCUCCCAGCAGCAUCACCACCCACCUCAACACCACACGUCCUGGCACAUCCCACAGAUGCCCUCACCUGGUGGGGGCACGCGCCACAACCUUUGCCACCCACACUCCCACUCGGCCCACGAUAAUGGGCCAACAAACCCUGACCUGGGCCACCCGGGCGCACCCAGUAUGUGUGCCAGCACCCCUAGUCUGGGCAGCGGCAGCACCCCUACAGGGGCCUCCUGUGUGCCUGCAGACUUUGGCAGACAGACUCUGUCACCUGCUGAGGCCGAGAAGAGGAACGGCAAGAGGAAAAGUGACAGUUCAGAGUCCCAGGACGGGAAUUACAAGUCAGACGUGAGCAGCAAACCCAGGAAGGAGAGGACAGCGUUCACCAAGGAGCAGAUCCGAGAGCUGGAGGCCGAGUUCGCCCACCACAACUACCUAACCCGGCUAAGGCGCUACGAGAUCGCCGUCAACCUCGACCUCACUGAAAGACAAGUGAAGGUUUGGUUCCAAAACAGGAGGAUGAAGUGGAAAAGAGUGAAGGGCGGCCAACAGGGGGCAGCGGCUCGAGAGAAAGAACUGGUCAAUGUGAAAAAGGGCACGUUGCUGCCGUCAGAGUUCUCUGGCAUCGCAGCGCUCCACCACUCGACGGACUCCUUAGCCAAUGAGGACAGUCACGACAGCGACCAGAGCUCUGAGCAUGCUCACUUAUGAUGCCCCGCCCCCCCCUCUUCUUCAGAGAAUCGGCCCUGCCUCUGAUCCAGGACCGUCCUUGUAAGGACUGCUGUUUGCUGAUUUGCCAUCGUCAUACAACGAUGCUAAAAAAGUGUACAAAUGUACAGAGGAAUUAUGUAUAAAGCUGUCAUCAUGCAGGCAAAAUGUAAAUGUCAAGCACAUAAAGGGGAGGUUGACUUAUUUCAAAGCACCAGUGGUUAAAAAUAUCUUUUGCUAAUGCAAAAAAAAAAAAAGAAAUAAUAUAAAAUCUUAUUGAAUUUUUUCCCCACACAAAUUGACUUCAUGUUGAAUAACAUUUGGGAAAAGACUAUUUAGUCAAAUUGUUGUAAACAUUCCAUGUUGUGUGCCUUCAUAGAAGCAGACUAAGUCUUAAAUUUGCACUGUUGAACCCUUCAGCUUCUACUGUAAAGAUGUACAUUACAAUGUCAGUGAGUAAUUGAUCAAAUCAAGAGCCAGGAAAUCAAAUUAGCCGAGCUAAUAUAAUGAUCUGUAAAUAAUUCUCAGUGUUGUCUUCCCUUAAAGACAUUUUUAUACCCACACUGUUCAGCACUGACGGUUCUUUAGUCGACACUUUCCUGCCUGGAGAUGACAUUUUGUAAACAAAUCUGAAACCUAACAUUAGCAUUUCAUUAAAUCCCUUCAGGGAGAGUUGCAGAUCAAAUAAAAAAUUUAA